AUGCCUAGAAUCACCGCUUCCGUUUCCAAGGUCACUCGCACUCUGGCCGAGUCGCAUCGCCAUGCCGGUGUCGCUCUCAUGCCCAAGUAUGCUGAGCUCCUUGGUUCCUCUUCAGAUCAGUCUGAGUCCCGUGGUCUCAAGACUACCCACCGUCCCACUCCUCAGCCAUCCAUUGCUGGUCGCACACGGCCUCUGAUGCAGUCCUUCAGCUCUUCGGCAUCUUCUCGUGCGCCCGUCAACCACGUUGACACCAUGGUGCUGCCCAAGAUUUACGCUACUCCCAGCCACAACGAGCCUCUUCCUCGUAUGCCACUUCUUCCUGACAACUACGGCUCUUACCACAACUCCAUGUCUGAUGCCACCGACUUGUCCACUGGCCACCGACCCAUCAUCUUCGCCAUAAAUCCUGACAUUGUCGUACCCGGCGCUCCUUUAGCCCACAUGGAUGCCACCAACAUGGACAGCAUUGACGUGAAAUUUGUUCACGACCAGCCCAAGAUCUCUACUGCUGCCGCCGGUGAGCAAUACAACCCUGAGCGAAGCACAUUUAUGAUCGACAUGUAUCGCAGUAUGAAGGAAGAUCUUCUUAGCGUUGCACCUCAGCUUAAAAGAAACUAA